UUCGUGACAAAGGUGUUGAGUUGUGUCUGCAGUCUGUGAUAGGGAAGUUACUAUAUUCUAAUAUAGCAUAUUCAGAAAGCAGACGUUUGGAAUAUAGAAUCAUGAGAGUUGCACGGUUAACCAUAAUGGGUAAGCGCUUCAUCAUGGCGUUCUUCUUCAUAUUGAUUAUGUUGAUGAUGGCCGCAAUCAUACACGUCUUAAUAAAGGUCCCAAGCGGCCAAAGGGCAGCUUUCGUCUCCAAGCAAGUUGAUCGUAUCCGGGAAGACUUCAGGCAACGAUUCCCAGAGGAUGGUUGGGUCAACCGGAUGAUUCAAACUGGUGAGGAUGUUGACGAUAUGCCGGAACCCAUCCCAACCAGCACUGCAACGAGAUUAUCAACACCGGCCAGCACUACAACGACAUCUACAACAACAACGACAACAACAACAACAACUACAACAACAACUACAACUCGGCCAGCUACCACUAGCACUACCAAACCUACUACUAAGCCAAUGGCAACUAGUUUAAUUAAGGCUAAUGCAACUAGCGCAACCAAGCCCAGUUCGGCGAAGCCUGGAAACACUACGUUGACGGCUAAAGCGACGAAAGCCAGCAAUAUAACAAAACUGAUAACUAAAACAAAAAUUGAUAACAUUACGUUAACGGCGAAAGCGACGAAAGCCAGCAACAUAACAAAACUGAUGACAAAAACAAAAGUUGCUAACAUUACGUUAACGGCUAAAGUGACGAAAGCCAGCAACGUAACAAAACUGAUAACUACAAAAAAAGUUGCUAACAUUACUAAACCUCUCACAACGAAAGUUAGCAACACUACAAUUAAGGUUAAGGCUCCAAGCUAAUAGCUCAAACAGUUCAUGACCCCAGUACAUGUAUAUCUGUGACAUUGUGGACCAGAGACACCGUCUACAGAGACUGACAUGGCUGAUACAAUCUAUAGACUUACUAGGUGCUUUUUCUAAGACUGGAUACAGCUGACGAAAGCAUGUGUUUAGGCAAUACUUAUAGAUGCUUACUAUAGGCGCUAACUUAUUUUCAACAUGAACUUGAUAGUCUUUUUUUCACAUCAUGAACAUACGAUAUUUUCUAUGUUCGUCUAUAAUCAAGCUAAAACGUUGAUCUUACCAGUCAUUAAAACCCUGUACACGAGGAACUCCAGGGUGAAACUCUUCAUUUUCAAAAAGCCUCUGAACAAAUUCAUUAGCAAUCUUUCAGUUUGGAAACAGUUCCGUCUUUAUCAUCAUCAGAAUCAUCACAAACUCACAUAGCUCUAUGGAGAGUAUAAGGCGCUCAACGAGUCUGCGCCAGCCAACCCUGUUGGCUGACCCCAUGUCGACUCAUGCCACGUCUUGUUGAAGGUAACCUCGGUCUGUCAUGGUCCGUUUUUUCCGGAGGGUGUCCAAUGCAGAGAUUCGUUUCACUUCAGCGACUAUGCUGCAGACAGUGGUCCUUUUGGCAACCUCCUCGUUCGUUUGCGAUGUACUCCCUCUCUAAUAUAGAUAUAUAAUAUAUCAUAAGACAUGUUUCACCAUGCGGGGGGGGGGGGUAUCAGGACCACUGAAUGCAGAGCAUAUCACUCAAUGUAUUAACAUUGCUCAGCUUCCAGACAACGCACGCGUCGAGGCUACGGAGGCAAUAUCGCGUGGAAGUUCAGCGAUGUUGAGUGAGAUGAGGUAUCUUCAGCUAGAGGUGUGUCAUGGGUCGCAGGGACCUAUUUCCUUGAAAAUACAUGUACAUGUAUUAGGGAUCUUAUGUUUCGCUUUUGAGAGAGAAAAAUGUAACAUGAAAAGAAAUAAACAAGACUUUUAUGCAAAAGUUUCUUUUUAUUAGGAGUACAAGGUCUA